UCAAUUGCGAAAUCGAAAUAAUUAAUAUGAAAUCAUUUUUAUUCAUUCUAUUACUUGCGUCUGCAGUAAUUAGUAUUAUAGGGAUGAACGAGAAACAGAUGAAAGCAGCUGUUAAAUUGGUUACUAAUAUGUGUCUGCAAAAAACCAAAGCCACAUCUGAGGACAUUGAGAAAAUGCACAAAGGAGAUUGGGAUGUUGAUCACACUGCUAUGUGUUACAUGUAUUGUGCCCUCAACUCAUAUAAAUUGAUAAAUAAAAACAAUACACUAAAUUACGAAGCUGCAAUGAACCAAUUAGGUGAGCUACCAGAAAGGUACAGAGACUCUGCACAACAAUGUACCGAUCAAUGCCGAGAUGCAGUCGUUUCGUUGAACGAAAAAUGUACAGCAGCAUACGAACUUGCAAAAUGCAUGUACUUUUGCAAUCCACAGAAAUAUUUUCUUCCCUAAUUCGGAGAGACCUUCAAAUUUAAAUAAUAUAAAGCUGAUGAAGGUAAUCAAGAU